AUGUCCGCCGAGAAGCGUCCUGCCGAGGACGAUCCAAUGCUUUGGCGAACCUACGGCGACUGCGAAAAUUACGGCAUACUCAACGGCCACAAAGGGGCGAUUCUGGACCUUCAGUGGUCACGAGACUCCGAAGUGCUCUUUUCAGCAUCUGCAGAUAUGCAUCUUGCGAGCUGGGAUUUAACGUCCGGGACGCGCAUAAGACGAUAUGUCGGACACGAGGAGAUAAUCAACACGAUGGACAUCAGUCGACGAGGUGAAGAGCUACUCAUCAGCGGGAGUGAUGAUUCGACAAUUGGUAUUUGGGAUCCACGGACGAAGAGUGCGGUAGAUCACCUCGAGACCGACUUCCCGGUGACAGCGGUAGCCAUUUCGCCGGCGGGCAACGAAAUCUAUUCGGGUGGCAUAGACAAUGAUAUCCGCGUGUGGGAUGUCAGGAAAAGGGCAGUUGUCUAUACAAUGCUGGGACAUGCCGAUACUGUGUCAUCACUACGUGUGUCUCCAGAUGCGCAGUCUCUCUUGUCAUACUCGAUGGAUUCGACGGUGCGAACUUGGGACAUCCGGCCGUUUGCGCCCACUGAGCGGCACAUCCGGACCUUUGAUGGUGCUACAAUGGGUUUGGAGAAGAAUCUCAUGGGAGCAAGCUGGGACUCCCAAGGCAAGCGGGUGGCUGCCGCCUCGGGUGACGGCACCGUUCUCGUUUGGUCUACAGAGACGGGCAAGCUGAUGUAUAAACUUCCUGGCCACAAGGGCACAGUCAAUUGCGCGGAAUUUGGCCCAGGAACCGAGCCCAUAUUGCUAUCUGCAUCAUCGGACCGGACCAUGCUGCUCGGAGAACUCCGUUGA